AAAUUACAUUUUUACCCUUUAAUAAAACUUAUUUUGGUCAUUUCAAAAAAUAAAAUUUUCAAAAUAAAAAGAGACUAUUUUAGUCAUUUUAUCAAAAUAGCCCCUUUUUAUUUUGAAAUUUUUAUUUUUUUAUUUUUUAAAUUUGAAACCAUGUCCCAAAAAUAUCACUAGUUAACUCUAAUAAACCCUAAGUCUAUAUUAAUAACCCUAGGGUAAAAAUAUGUUUUUACCUUUUAAUUAAACUUAUUUUGGUCUUUUUUUUCACUGAGGACUAUUUUUAUGACAAAAACUUAAAAAUAGCUAUACUAGAGAAUUUUCUCUCUUCUAUAUAUAUAUAUAUAUUUCAUAUCGUUUAAAUUAAACUAUACAUCAUAUAAAAAUACAUAUUUAUAUUUUGAUAUCUGCGUAGAACAUAUAUUGAGAAGUUAAUAUUUUAAUUUUUAAAUCUUCAUUAUUUUUUUAAAUGAUUAUAUAUUAUUGAAACCACUAAACAUUCCACAUUAAAAAAGAUUCGUUUGUGUAAAAUAUUUUUACACAAAUAUGCAAAUAAUCAUAAAAUCAUAUGAGUAGAAACCUCAUUAAAUAAAUAUUCAUAUUAAAAGUAUAAUAUAUAUCUAUGUUAAUAUCAUUUAAAUUUAAUUGGAUAUCAUAUACGAUAGAUAAAAUUGAUCACUACAAGAAAACGUGAGAGUAACGACUACGAUUUACGACUACAAAUGUGUAGUCGUAAAUUUACGUCGCCUUUACGACUAAAAUACGACUACUACAAAGUUUGUCGUAAAUUAGACGUAAGUUUGCUACGAAAGGUUGUCAUUGUAAAUUGGUCGUAAAAUUAACUUCUUCCUUACGACUACCGUUUCUGGUAGUCGUAAAGUAGUCGUAAUUUGCGACUAAAUAACAUCGAAAACUAACCAUCUGCUGAACGACCAAUUUACGAGGAAAGUAGUUGCAAAAUGGUUGUUAAGUUAUUAUCGAACGUAAAUUCGUUGUAAUUUUAUUAUCCACCAAAAUCGAAAAUUCGCUAUAAAUAUGAUCUUCUCCCUCAUUCUUAAGAUGCAGAAAAAAAAAUGCCUAGAAAUAUCAAUGAGCUUCGGAGUUGGAUGUAUGCGCAUAAAGAUUCAAGUGGAAGAGUAACAGAAGAAUUUCUCAAUGGAGCAGAGAUGUUCAUGUACCACGCCGGACAGACGUCUCUCACACUAGAAACGGGUAAAAUGUUCUGUCCUUGUCGUAAAUGCAACAAUACCAAGUUUGCUGCUAGUGAAACGGUUUGGAAACAUAUAGUAAAUAGAGGAUUUACUCCACAUUACUAUAUCUGGUUUAACCACGGAGAAGCUGAUAAUAUGAAGGAAGCUAGUAGUAGUAAUCAGGUUGGAAAUGUUCGUAACAGAUCAGAUGAACCACAUUUACCUUCUGAAAGUUGUAACCUUCAAGAGGAUCAUAUGGUAGAUCAUGAUAGGAUGCAUGAUAUGGUUACAGAUGCAUUUCGUGAAACAAGAUCAGUGAUAGAGGAGGUAGAAAAUGUAGAGGGGCCUAAUUUGGAUGCAAAAAGUUUUUAUGAAAUGCUAGCAGCUGCUAAUGAGCCAAUUUAUGAAGGUUGUAGAGAAGGUCUUUCUAAAUUAUCAUUGGCAGCUAGGAUGAUGAAUAUCAAAACUGAUCAUAACUUACCUGAAGUUUGUAUGGAUGCAUGGGCUGAGUUGUUUAAAGAGUAUUUGCAUGAAGAUAAACAGUGUGCUGAAUCUUAUUAUGAGAUUCAGAAAUUGGUUCAUAGCCUUGGUUUACCUUUGGAAAUGAUAGAUGUGUGUAUAGACAACUGUACGAUAUACUGGGGAGAAAAUGCAGAAUUGUUAGAGUGUAAAUUUUGCAAGAAGCCACGAUAUAAACCGCAAGGACGUGGGCGGAAUAGGGUGUCGUACCAGCGGAUGUGGUACUUACCUAUCAAGGAUAGACUGAAGAGAUUAUAUCAAUCUGAAAAGACGGCAGCAGCGAUGAGAUGGCAUGCAGAACAUACUCAGAAGGAAGGCGAGAUCAAUCAUCCCUCUGAUGCAAAAGCGUGGAAACACUUGAAUUCGGUGUACCCUGAUUUUGCAAGCAACCCCCGCAACGUUUAUCUUGGGCUCUACACAGAUGGCUUUAGUCCAUUUGGAAUGUUUGGAAGACAAUAUUCGCUUUGGCCAGUCUUCUUAACGCCAUACAACCUUCCACCAGAGAUGUGUAUGGGAAAGGAAUUGUUUUUCAUGAGUAUAUUGAUACCUGGGCCAUUUGGUUGCGCCUUACCCUCUCUCUAACAACGACCUCCCAUCUCUCUCUAUGUAAUUUUUUUUUCCUUUUUUUUUAAGAUUUAUGUGGUUAGUUAGUUUAGGUUUGGAAUUAGUUUAGGUUUGGAAUUAGUUUAGGAUGGAAUUAGAUUAAGAUUGAGUUAGAAUAUGAUCAAAUUAGAAUAGUUGUAGAUUAUUUUUAUAUAAUAAAUUUGAAUUAUUUAUAACCAUCUAUUUUAAUGUAUGUUUUUUCAGAUUACCGAUAUUGCUAUGGCUAGUGGUAGACAAAGACUUAAGAACCUUACGCCUGGAAACUCUUACGUGAGAAAUUUUCUCCCACAGUCGGAUCCAUCAGCUUCUACUUCCGGCACUGCAUCCGGUCAAGAGACUGUGCCUGAGAGCCAAGUUCCUACUGUCGAGUCGUAUGUGCCUCCGCAGGCAUAUGACCCUGAAGCUUACUAUCCGCAGAUCGACGAUCCUGCUCAAUUCUUUCCCCAAUACGAUGAGCCUCCACACCAGCCUCGAUAUGAGCAGCAUCAUCUUCCCCACCAUCCUCAGCAGCAGUCCACUGCUCCCGAAGCUGCUCCGGCUCCCACCGCUGCUCCGGCUCCUGCAGCUGCUACAGCUCCCGCAUUUGUUCAUCCAGAUUUGAUGGUGCCACCGAAUGCACCAUAUGCAAGAUAUACAGUGGAAGACCUUCUCCAGAUGCCGGGACGAGAAGGUUUACCAAUCAUCAACCCAGAUCGACCACCCAACACUUACUGAUAAUUUUUAAUUUAUUAAAAUUUUACUUGCAUUUAAAUAUACACUUAUGUACAUUGCUUUAAAUAUAUGUAUUCUUUCAAAUUUUGUAGGUUUUUGACGGACAAUUGUGUGGGACAGAGCGUUGGAGUUAUCAUCAGGGCAAACUUCUGGGAAGCGCAUCCAAACUGGUCUCUUACACCUGACCACGUUCGGAGGACUUGGUUCAAGUGCUUCGCGGUUAGUUUUAAAUAUAAAUUUUAAUUGUUUAAUUUAAAAUAGUUAUUUAUUUAAUUAAUUUUUUUUAUUGUAGCAAAAAUGGAAUUGGUCCAUUGCUGUCAACGAAAAGGUGAAGGAAGAGUUCAACAAAAAGGCGAUGGCUCGCCUAAAGAACAUUGUUGGUGAUUGGAAGGAGAAGUGGAGGGUUUUGGGGGACGACGCAAAAACAUCCUACCUCAGCAAUGACGUUUGGAAGGGCUUGAAGGCUUAUUGGAAUUUGCCUAAGUCAGUUCAGAGGUCUCUCAGUUGCUCUACGGCUCGGUUGACUCGCGAUGAUGAUGGUAACCUGCCAGUACCUCAUACUUCCGGGCAGAGUCCACACGCUGGUAGGGCACUACAAAUUGUAAGUCUUCGAUCUUUCCUAUUAAUUUUUAUUAAAUUUAUUAAUUGACUAUUUAUUUAAUGUGUGAGUUUAAUGUAAUUUUUUUUAUACAGGCUGCCCAAGAAGGAGCACCACCAUCUCUCGCCCGACUUUACAAGACGACACACCAGCAUUCUGAUGGCACCUUCUCGCAUCCUCGAGCAGAGAGGAUCUACAACACUGUUGAGGCUCGGAUCCAGGAGGUCCAGACUCAGUUGUCGCAACAAAAUCCGGAAGGUGCACCGGUCCAGCUGUCCACCGUCGAACAAGACAAAAUUUUUGAGCAGGUUAAAAAUUAGAUUUUUAUAUAUAUAUGUUUAUUUACAUUUUUUAUUCUUUAAGUAAGUUUUACAUAUGUACUAAUUAAAUAUCUAUUUAUUAAUUUAAGGUUACUCCGAAGAAAAGGGGACGUAUUGUCGGGAUCAGGUCUGUCAACGAUGUCCCGAGAGCGAGAGCUGAACACGCUGCAAGAAUGGAAAAACAUAAAAUAAAUAUUAUGCAAAAUUAAUAAAAAUAAAUAAUAAAUAUAAAGUAUUUAUUUUGCACAAAGCGGAGAUAGUAACCGAUUUAUUUGCAUGUAUGGAAAAUAUGUUCGAUAUGAUGAUAGAGACAACCCCAAACGUCAACCCGGCUCUUGCUUCUAGGUGGCAGUCUAUACGUCCGACCUUUGUCUCCGAGCCCACUCCAGAAGAGCAGGCAGAUUUAGAGCGACGUGCGGAUGAGCAUAGUUCCGACCUCUUCGACGAAAUAAACC